GCAGCUGGGCUGUGCUCAUGGCUUUUGCUUUCCUCGGCAGAGAACUUCCGUGCGUUGAGCACCGGUGAGAAGGGAUUUGGCUACAAGGGCUCCUGCUUCCACCGGAUCAUCCCUGGCUUCAUGUGUCAGGGUGGUGACUUUACGCGCCACAAUGGCACUGGUGGCAAAUCCAUUUAUGGGGAGAAGUUUGCCGAUGAGAAUUUCAUCCUGAAGCACACAGGGCCUGGCAUCCUGUCCAUGGCCAACGCUGGCCCCAACACGAACGGCUCCCAGUUCUUCAUCUGCACUGCCAAGACCGAGUGGUUGGACGGCAAGCACGUUGUCUUUGGCCGUGUCAAGGAGGGGAUGAACGUGGUGGAGGCCAUGGAGCGCUGCGGCUCCAAGGAUGGCAAGACGAGCAAGCAGAUCACCAUUUCCAACUGCGGGCAGCUCUCAUAAACCUGCGUUUCAACGCCUGACAUUCCACUGCAGCUCGGGCAGCUCGCCUGGCGCAGCCCCCCCCUCCCCUCCUUCGUGCUCCUGACUUACUGCUGCGUUUCUACUGGGUCUCGCCGCAUGUGCACAGUCCGACCGGACUGCAGAGUUACGUUUAUGAGUCUAAAUAAAACGAGUUAAACCAC